CCUAUCGGGCUAAAAGGGGAUGAUGUCACCUGCGGGCUUGUAAGGCAGCGGCGAGCGAGGCUGCUGCUGCUUCCCUGGCUCCUUUUGUAAGCGGCCGGGAAGCUGGCUUUGGCGGCGGAGGCAGCGGCUGCGGCUUGGAGCCUCCCAAGGAUGCGCGGGGGUGCAGGUUUUAGUGUCUAGAGAAGGAGACUCGAAGGGUUUGGCCAUGGCCCCCAGGAAGAGGAGCGGGCGAGGGAUUUCGUUCAUCUUCUGCUGCUUUCGCAGUAACGAUCAUCCCGAGAUCACCUACCGGCUGCGGAAUGACAGCAACUUUGCCCUGCAGACCAUGGAGCCUGCCUUUCCCAUGCCUCCGGUGGAAGAGCUGGAUGUCAUGUUCAGCGAGCUGGUGGAUGAGCUCGACCUUUCCGAUAAGCAUAGAGAAGCCAUGUUUGCACUUCCAGCAGAAAAGAAAUGGCAGAUUUACUGCAGUAAGAAAAAGGACCAAGAAGAAAAUAAAGGAGCUACAAGCUGGCCGGAGUUCUACAUUGAUCAGCUUAACUCCAUGGCUGCUAGAAAAUCACUAAUUGCUUUGGAAAAAGAAGAUGAAGAGGAGAGAAACAAAACUAUAGAGAGUUUGAAGACGGCACUGAGGACCAAACCUAUGAGGUUUGUGACCAGGUUCAUUGACCUGGAUGGCUUGACGUGCAUUCUCAACUUCCUGAAGAGCAUGGACUAUGAGACCUCCGAGUCUCGGAUACAUACCUCUCUCAUCGGAUGCAUAAAAGCACUGAUGAACAACUCUCUCGGGCGAGCACACGUCCUGGCCCACUCGGAGAGCAUUAAUGUAAUCGCUCAGAGUCUGAGCACUGAAAACAUUAAGACCAAGGUGGCAGUGCUGGAAAUCAUGGGCGCUGUGUGCCUGGUUCCUGGAGGUCACAAGAAGGUUCUGGAGGCCAUGAUGCAUUACCAAAAAUAUGCCAGCGAAAGGACUCGCUUUCAGACACUCAUAAAUGACCUGGACAGAAGUACGGGGCGAUACCGUGACGAAGUGAGCCUCAAGACGGCCAUCAUGUCCUUUAUCAAUGCUGUCCUAAGCCAAGGGGCCGGAGUGGAAAGUCUGGACUUCAGACUCCAUCUUAGAUACGAAUUUCUGAUGCUUGGAAUUCAGCCUGUUAUAGAUAAAUUAAGAGAGCAUGAAAAUUCCACAUUAGAUAGGCAUUUAGACUUUUUUGAAAUGCUCAGAAAUGAAGAUGAGCUGGAGUUUGCCAAAAGGUUUGAGCUGGUCCACAUAGAUACAAAAAGUGCAACCCAGAUGUUUGAACUCACAAGGAAGAGGCUGACCCACACGGAAGCAUACCCGCACUUUAUGUCUAUUCUUCACCACUGUCUCCAAAUGCCUUAUAAGAGAAACGGCAACACUGUCCAGUACUGGCUGCUGCUGGACCGUAUUAUACAGCAAAUCGUUAUUCAGAAUGACAAAGGGCAGGACCCGGACUCGACACCCCUGGAGAACUUUAAUAUUAAAAAUGUCGUCAGAAUGUUGGUUAAUGAAAAUGAAGUUAAACAAUGGAAAGAGCAAGCAGAAAAAAUGAGAAAAGAACAUCAUGAGCUCCAGCAGAAGUUGGAAAAGAAAGAGCGGGAGUGUGAUGCCAAGACCCAGGAGAAAGAGGAGAUGAUGCAGACCUUGAAUAAAAUGAAGGAGAAACUAGAAAAAGAGCUGUCUGAACACAAGCAAGUCAAGCAGCAAGUAGCAGAUCUCACGGCGCAGAUCCAUGAACUUAGCAGGAGAGCAAUAUGUGCUCCAGUUCCAGGAGGGCCCCCUCUACCACCUGGUGCUCCUGGGGGGCCCUUACCGACAUCCUCCAUGGGAUCCCUCUUCCCAGUGCCACCGCCACCACCUGGUGGAAUGCUCCCGCCACCUCCUCCCCCACCACCACCUCCUGGCGGCCCACCCCCUCCCCCGGGGCCCCCUCCACUAGGAGGAAUAACCCCACCCCCAGGAGCACCACUUGGAUCACUCAAGAAGAAGAACAUUCCUCAGCCCACAAAUGCGCUCAAGUCUUUCAACUGGGCCAAGCUGUCUGAGAAUAAGCUGGAAGGCACUGUGUGGACCGACAUUGACGACGCAAAGGUGUUUAAGGUGUUGGACCUCGAAGACAUUGAAAGGACAUUCUCUGCUUACCAAAGGCAGCAGGACUUCUUUGUGAACAAUAACUCCAAACAGAAAGAAGAUGCCCUUGAUGACACGUUGAGUUCCAGGCAUAAAGUCAAGGAGCUUUCAGUAAUAGAUGGUCGGAGAGCUCAGAACUGCAAUAUUCUCCUCUCAAGGCUGAAGUUAUCUAACGAUGAAAUCAAGCGUGCCAUUUUGACAAUGGAUGAGCAAGAGGACCUGCCGAAAGACAUGCUUGAACAGCUCUUAAAAUUUGUUCCUGAAAAAGCUGACAUUGAUCUUCUGGAGGAACACAAGCAUGAGCUGGAUCGGAUGGCCAAGGCCGACAGGUUCCUCUUUGAAAUGAGCAGGAUAAAUCAUUACCAGCAAAGGCUGCAGUCCUUGUACUUUAAAAAAAAGUUUGCUGAGCGAGUUGGUGAAGUUAAACCCAAAGUGGAUGCAAUCUCUGCCGCUUCCAAGGAAGUAUUCCAGAGCAAGAGCCUGAAGCAGCUGCUGGAGGUAGUCCUGGCCUUUGGCAACUACAUGAAUAAAGGUCAGAGAGGGAACGCCUACGGGUUUAAAAUUUCUAGCCUGAACAAGAUUGCGGACACAAAAUCCAGCAUUGACAAGAGCAUUACCCUGUUGCACUAUCUCAUCACAAUCGUAGAAAAGAAAUACCCCAAAGUCCUCAACCUGCAUGAAGAGCUAAAAGACGUGCCUGAGGCUGCCAAAGUCAACAUGACUGAGCUGGAAAAGGAAAUUGGUACCUUGAGGAGCGGGCUGAGAGCUGUGGAGACAGAGCUGGAAUAUCAGAAAUCUCAGCCCUCUCAUCCAGGAGACAAAUUUGUUUCUGUGGUCAGCCAGUUCAUCACUUUGGCCAGCUUCAGCUUCUCGGAUGUGGAGGAUCUUUUGGCAGAAGCCAAAGAACUGUUCACCAAAGCAGUUAAGCAUUUUGGAGAAGAUUCUGGUAAAACGCAGCCAGAUGAGUUCUUUGGGAUCUUUGACCAGUUCCUUCAAGCUGUCUCCGAAGCCAAGCAGGAAAAUGAAAACAUGAGGAAGAGGAAGGAGGAAGAGGAGCGGCGAGCACGUAUGGAAGCGCAGCUCAAAGAACAGCGAGAGAGAGAGCGCAAGGCUAGAAAGGCGAAAGAAAGCAGCGAGGAAGGAGGGGAGUUUGAUGACCUAGUCUCUGCCUUACGGUCCGGCGAAGUCUUCGACAAAGACCUUUCCAAGCUGAAGCGCAAUCGCAAACGCAUCACCAACCAGUUGGCGGACAGCAGUCGUGAGAGGCCCAUCACGAAACUCAACUUCUGAGUCACUUUUUUUGAAAUGAGCAUUUUAGAAAACACUCACCAGUCAUUUUCUUGAAAAGGCCCAGAUUUUUCAUCUUCUGCCUUGUCAACCAAACAGUGGCACUUUCCCCCUCUCUUGUUUUGUGUGUAUGAGUUGAUGGAAGUAUGUGUGCAUAUGUGCUGUAUAUAUACAAGUCUGGUUGUAUGGGUGGAGAUUCAGAAGUGUGUUUGUGCGCACGUGUAAACAUACAGAGGCACUUCUGUCUGAAUGAGUGAGUGUUCCCUUUCUUUUCCGUCAUCCAUGGUGACGUUUCCAAAAGUAGCUUUUUCUCCGCUGUCUAAGCACAAACUUUGUGGAGAGAAUGAGAAGGCAAAAAACAUUCCCAGGAGAAAUGAGAGAUGUUGACCAAUAACUUUGUACAUUAGCUCUAAUUGUGGGAGUUCGUUUACCUUGGUAAAAAGGGAGUUGGAAAAAUGGGGGUGGGGGGGCAAAAGGGAUGCCUGUUUGCUAGAUGGCACAAAAGCAUCCUGACUGGGUUGGAUCAGCCUUGGGGGAUUUCUCACCACUGGGACUCGCAGUUGCUAAGAGUUUAUUAGCAACUCCUUUUGUUUAAUCUGAACUGAAAGUCUUGUUUCUGUUGUUACUCAAAACUUGAACAUCCCUUGUGAUUGUGCUGGCUCCAUUGUAUUCCAUAACCCCCUUUUGGCAAUUCCUCUUCUGUUUUGUAUCAAAUAAGAUAUGCCUCUCUUCCAGAAGCCUUGCUGGAAGAAGAAACCUUCUCAUGCAUAAAUAGAACUCGCUCUCUUUCUUGCCUGAGACCAAUGGGGACUUUGGGGUGGGGUGGGGUAUUCUCCCCCCCCCCAUUUCAUGGAACAAAGAGCCUAUGUUUUACUUCUGUUCAUUGUUGUUUUAUUUUGUUGUUUCAUUUCUCUGUCCAGUGGGACAAACUGUAUUCUCUGUAAAUAUAGCUCAGAAUUGACUGUGGCCAGUUUCAUUGUGACAUUCAACCGAUGCAGGAUGAUUCCAGGAAAGAGUUGCGUGGCUGGACACACAUGCCCCGCUGGAUUGGACACAGUCCAAAGAGCCUUUACCAUGCCUGCUAGAAGCAGGCAUGUAUACAACUCAGUAUUUGUAGUUUGGUUUCCAAUCCAGCAGCCUGCUUCUCCUCCUCCCCCCCUCAGAUGGGCCACCUUUGGUUUAGCCAGUCUUUGGCUUCCUGCUCAGUGGGGCGCGGGCUACUGGGAUGAAGACAAUAAGCAUCGAUCUUGGGAUGGGACAAAUGGCGUUGCUUGCUCCCUGAUGAUCCCAUGAAUUGGGAACUGGAGGCUGGGGCUGACAGCCAGUGGAAGUGGUGUUUGGCUGUGUGUGCUCUCCAUUUGGACAACAUGCUUGCUCCUGACUCAUUCCUGGGUUGCCCUGUGUCUAGAACAAGGUUAGUAGGGAGCAACAUCUAGAAAAGGUCAUAUAAGGGGUUGGCCUUGGAGUCUGUUGAGGUCCAGGGGAGAGAUUUAGGGACCUAAUAGUCUAUAGUGCAAAGUAGCAGAAAAUGGCCAAGAAAACUGUUUCUUGAAAACAUGCUUUGCUUUUUAUAUUUGCCUUGCAAAUUGUAAGAACUACUGCCUGUCAAGAUGUCAAUCCAAAAUCACCUAAGCCCAGAUUGCUCAGGGAGUAAUAAAUAAUUUAAAAAUAGUAAUACAAAAAAUUGGAAAACAAAAAAAAAAGCCAAUAUUAUAGCAUGGCUUAAUAUUCUUAAAUUAUAGAGAAUAUAGAGGACUGUUACUUUUUUGUUUUGCUUUUAUUUAUUUGGGGGUUUCUCUCGAGUAACUUUUAUACCAUCUGAAAUUUAAUGGGGAUUCUCUUUUUUUCUUUCCUUUGAAGAUGUUUAGUUUGUCCCUGUUGCACUAGAUAGAUGAUGCUGUUUGAUUUUCUCUCUCUCUCUUGUAAAGGAUGUUAACUAGUGGGGUAUUGAGAUAGUAUUUCCCCCCCCCAUAUGUACUGUACAGCAAAUGUGUGGUUUUAUAUAAACAAGUUUGUACAAAAUACAGUCCUUGGAUCUUCCCAGAUCCCAGUGCAACAUGAAAGCUGUGAAGAUCACUCGAUAGAGAGCUGUCAAAGAGCGGUUUGUGUGCGUGUGUAUCUAGGUGUACUUCUCUUUUUUUAAAAAUGAUUUUCUUUUUCUUCAUUACAACUUCUGAUGCACCCGCACAUGCAGAGGGCUCUUCAAGUAGCUUGUAAAGCAGUAAGAAUGCAAAGCUGAUGCUCCAAACCUCUGUGGAGUGCAGCUGUUCAAACAUAGCACUUUGCUUCAGACAAAAGAAAGCAAGUUGAUCAGAACUGUUCCUUAAACUAAAGUGCCUCUAUUUUUAUAAUUUUUUUUUUAAUACCUGGAAGAAAUUUGGUCGGAUAAGAUUUAGGAAGCUGACUUUCAAAAAGGGUCCAGACUGAUCAAAGGGUUGCAUUUAUUGGAGUGUGUGUUUGUUUUAAAUGUGCUUUGAAUUUGAAAAGAGCAGAAAGGAUACUGUCACAGACAACAUUCAGUCUGGUUGAGGGGACUUGUUCUACAGCCCAGCAGUUUUGGGAUGGCAUCUAAACUUCUUGUGGCCAGUCGUGAAUGCGUCCUGGGGAAAGGCAGGUACCUUCCCUCCCCCCAGGACAACCCUGCCUUCACUUCAGGAAGUCUAUUGUGUUGAACGGGUGUUGUGCACCCAUGUGCGGCAGCCAAGUGGACCAGCAAGGACCACAGUGGGCUGAGGUAUCCUGCAGUUCUCCAUUGUGGAGAUUAAGACUGCUGAAUCAGUAUUUCUGGUCCUCCGAGGGAGCCAUCCAGAAAUGCACGAAAUGCUGGGGGAGCAUUCAGACAAUUCAGUGUUGCAGCAGGUGCAGCUCCUAGCUGUCACUGUUACACACGUGCCGAGAGAGAAAAGGCAAGAUGAUCUAAGAGCCUGUGGUAGAAAUAAAAAGUGGGCCAUGGAAUCAUUGUGGGGGCGGGUUGCAUUGCAGUUGGCUAGCGUAACUGGACUAAGUGUGCAAGAAAGCCGUUUCCUGAAUGCUUCCUUCACACAGCCAGCUUCUUCAACUGUCCCAUUGGAAAUAGGAUAGUCUCAUUUGGGAUGUGGCUAUGGGAUGAAGCACUCAAGACAACUCUUUUCAUCAGGAGUUUUAUCAGGAGUAUUUCAGUUCAGUGGUUGGGAACACAAUUCUCAACACAGCCCUACAAGUGUGUCUGAUUUGGGGCUGUAGGUUUUGAAAGGUCAUCUAUAAAGAUCUCAGCUGAUUCAUUCAGGAUUGGUCAGAAGGCACCGCAAAGUACUCAUCUGGACCCAGAGUGGAUCUGGAUUCACAGUCAAUGGUAUUGCAGGGGCACAUUGUAGGUGCUGUACUGGAACGUCCCCAGGCAUUUUGUGCAUUAAGAAUCUACCUGAGUCAGCUUGACUAUGACUGGGUUGUGUUUGUGCUGUACAGAGUGUUAAGUGUUCACAGGAGAGUUUGCAUCUCUUUUUCUGCUCAGAUUACUGCAUCUCCGUGGAUUUCCAGGAAUCCAUGCUGCAUAGAUUGCAAACCGGAGAAGCUGGGCAUUGGUGGAAACCAUUCCUUGUGCUUCCAAGCCAUUCUCGCUUUACAACAAGCCUUGUUUGUCCCGUUUCUGCUGUGUUCUUUUCUUAAAAGAGUCUGUGUGCAGGUAAAUUCCAUGUGCCAUUUGUUGCAAAUUGCAUUUAGACUGGUGCUGGUGGAAGUAGCCACUCUCCAUUUUGUGUUAAUCCCCCCCCACUUUGUGUCUCUCCUGGGUGUGUAAUUUAAAAAAAAAAUAUGCCAAAAAAGAGACGAAAAAAGUGAUAGUUUGUAAACUGAAGUAUACUAAUGUAGCUUAGUGGUAGCAAACAGUUUAGUGGUCCUAGGUGCAAGAAUGUUUUUAGCUAGCAGGACAUGCUGUGUAUGUUAUGAGACUGUACAUUUUUUUAUGACAUGGCAAUAUGCAAUAAAGAGUGUACAUAACAUGGA